AUGUGGUGGUUUCAGAGAGGUCUCUGUGCUCUUCCGGGGUCUCUAGUUAUCUGGUCAUCCGAUACAUUCCUCAUCUCUUAUGCCACAGCGGUCGUGUUGGGCCAUGCUGACAUACUCAUUCCAUACAUAAGUGACACAGGCACUGAGGUUCCUGAACGCUGUGUGUUUUGCUUCAUGCUGUCAAUCUCAGCUUUCUCAGGUAAUGCUGUGUUGGGCACCAUGUAUGUGCGAUAUAAACAAGUUCAGGCUUUGAUUUCAGCCUCUGAGUCGGGCUUACAGCUGCUGACCUAUACAUGCCUCCUGAUGGGCAUUGUCAGCACUGUAGGGAUGUGCUUUGUGGCCAACUUCCAGAAAACAGAUAUGAGAUCCAUCCACCUUUUGGGAGCAGGGCUGACCUUUGGUGCUGGGACGUUGUAUGUACUGGUCCAGACUGGCAUGUCGUAUCGCAUGCAGCCACGUUUCCACGGCAGGGAUAUUUUUUGGGCUCGUAUGGCUGUGGGAAUGUGGUCGCUCAUUAGCAUAAUUACAUUUUUCAUAUCCUCUGUAUUAAUGUAUGAUGACCUGCCUGGCGUGGAUGUAGCUAAUAAUUUCCACUUGCAGGCAGCCCAGAGAGAGAGUAAGACAGAUGAUACACUUGAUCUGAAGUUACUAUACAGGGACAAACCCAGCACGCACCAGGUCAGUGCUGCAGCUGAAUGGUCUCUGGCAUCCUCCUUCAUCUGCUUCUUCCUCACGUAUAUACAUGAUUUCCAGAAAAUCACUUUGCGGGUUCAGCCUGUUCUUCAGAGUAACCAUCUUUACAACUAUCCUCACUAUGAAGAGAGAGAGCACCUGCAGCAUGGAGAGCGUUCACCUCUGCUGGCUGGUGCCAUGUGAGAGACAAUCUGCCACCGUGUGUCUGACAUCCAGCACUGCAGCCGGCACUCAGUGGACAGUACUUCACAGAUUUGAGUGUUCCCGAGGAAACUUUUCACGUUCAAGAGAAGCUCCUGUAACUUCUAAGCUUUCUGCAUUAUUCUGAGAAUAUUGAGAGAGAGUCUAGGUAUGUAUGUACAGAUAUUUUUACACACGUUUUAUCGCCAAA